CUACGACCAGGAGGUCAACAGGGGUUUUAAUGCGGUGUCUCCUCCAUAUCGUCCUACACCGGUUUGAGCACAUUUCUGGCCCUUUUCUACCGCCAAAGUUAACCAGGACACUCUGAACAACUGUAAUUUUUGUCAUAAUGACAGUUCCUCCAGCCUAUGCAGACUUGGGAAAAUCAGCAAAAGACAUUUUCAGCAAAGGAUAUGGGUUCGGUCUGGUCAAGCUUGAUGUGAAGACCAAAUCUUCAAGUGGAGUGGAGUUUAAAACGUCUGGCUCCUCAAACACGGACACCAGCAAGGUCACUGGUACUUUGGAAACCAAGUACAAAUUGCCUGAGUAUGGGUUGACCUUUACAGAGAAAUGGAGUACAGAAAACACACUGGGGACGGAAGUUUGUGUUGAGGACCAGAUCACCAAAGGGCUGAAACUUAACUUUGAUACUACGUUUUCACCCAACACUGGCAAGAAGAGUGGCAAAAUCAAGGCAGCCUAUAAAAAGGAACACGUCAAUGCCGGCGUUGACGUAGAUUUAGAUUUUGCUGGUCCUACUAUCCACGCAGCAGCAGUAGGUGGUUAUGAGGGGUGGCUGGCAGGUUACCAGAUGACCUUUGACUCUGCCAAGUCUAGGAUGACCCGCAGCAACUUUGCUGUCGGUUACACGACCGGCGACUUUCAGCUCCACACCAAUGUAAACGAUGGUGCAGAGUUUGGCGGAUCCAUUUAUCAGAAAGUGAAUGACAAACUGGAGACAGCUGUAAAUCUUGCCUGGACGGUUGGGAGCAAUGGUACUCUGUUUGGCAUCGCUGCAAAAUACCAGCUGGACCCCAGUGCUUCCAUAUCUGCAAAGGUGAAUAACGCCAGCUUGGUUGGAAUUGGAUACACUCAGACUCUGCGGCCUGGAAUGAAACUCACCCUCUCUGCAAUGGUGGAUGGAAAAAAUAUAAAUGCUGGUGGUCACAAGCUAGGUCUAGGCCUGGAGCUGGAGGCAUGAGGAUGUUCUUUAACAUUUGAAAAGAAGAGGAAGAACGUUGGCUCUCAUAGGUCGUGAGUGGUCAAUGAUAGAUGUUUUAUCAAUAUGGCCAAAAAGUUUAAAUCCACAAUUUCUUUUUCUGUAAAAAGCUAAAGAUAUAGAAAUAUUUUUACCAACCCUCUGUCAUUGUGCUAACUCCAUGUAACCAUGUAUCCGCUUCAUGCUUUUAUUAUGUAAGAAUCCACUAGUUUUCUGUUUAAUCCUCUGUAAUUAUGAAAGAAAACAAAACUCACACUAUAUGAUGAAAGUUCCUCGAAUGACAAUCUAAACGUAACAAAACCAAAACCUUGUUCUGUUGAAGUGUGAAGAUCUAGAAAUGUGUCCCAAGAUGUUUAUUUGCACAAUAACUUACCUUUACUAUACACUAAUAUGUGGACAACCUAUUGGUAUGUUGGUAGUGUUGUGUUGCCUACCAGGUUUCUCCAACAAUGUCUAUGCUUUUAAAGAAUAAAGCUGCUCUUCCCUCA